CCGGGACCUCUUCGUGCACAUGCGCAGAAGGCUCAAUGACAGUCGCGCGCUGGCUAAGGCUCUGGGAAAAGGGGCUGGUCAUGUUGCAUGUGACCUGGGGGUCCAAGGUCCGAGUAUGGUCCUUGGUGCCUGCUCUUCUCGGGACUCCCCGGGCUCUGUCAACCCUGGCGGACAGGAUGGGGGUGUACCGCAAGAUGUGGAACCCCAAGGAGCCCCGCGACUGGGCCCAGCAGUACCGCGAGCGCUUCAUUCCAUUCUCCAAAGAGCAGCUGCUCCGCCUCCUGAUUCAGGAGUUCCACUCCAGCCCAGCAGAGAGAGCGGCUGUGGAGGCCUUCUCAGCUCAUGUGGACUUCUGUACCCUGUUUCACUACCAUCACAUCUUGGCCAGGCUGCAGGCCUUGUAUGACCCCAUCAACCCUGACAGAGAGACCCUGGACCAGCCAUCCCUUACUGACCCCCAGCGCCUGUCCAGUGAGAAGGACGUGCUCCAGGCUCUGGAGCCCCUGCUGGCCCAGGCCAACUUUUCUCCACUCUCUGAAGAUGCUUUGGCCUAUGCACUUGUUGUCCAUCAUCCUCAGGAUGAGGUCCAGGUGACAAUAAAUUUGGAUCAGUAUAUCUACAUGCAGUUCUGGGCUCUGGGCCAGAGAGUUGGGCAGAUGCCCCACAUGUCCAGUGUGGGUUCCAAGCGCGGCUUCUUCCGAAAGUUGCCCCCUGUGGAGAGGAGAUAUUUCAAGCGGGUGGUGUUGGCAGCCCGGACGAAGCGGGGACACCUGGUUCUGAAGAGCUUCAAGGAUACCCCACUGGAGGGCUUAGAGCAGCUGCUGCCGGAGCUGAAGGUGCGCACGCCCUUGCUACAGCGUGCCCUGCUCAACCUGAUGCUGGUGGUCUCGGGAGUUGUGUUCUUCGUCAAUGUGGGCAUGGUGGUGCUGUCUGACCUCAAGAUGGCUACCUCCCUACUACUACUGCUCUUUGCUGCCUUCAUGGGCCUGAGGGCCUCCAAGGUGUUUGGGCAGCGUCGCAGUGCCCGGGCGCUGGAGCUGGCACACAUGCUGUACUACCGAAGUACAUCCAACAACUCAGAACUGCUCAGUGCCCUGGCACUGCGUGCACAGGAGGAACACAUCAAGGAAGCCCUGCUGGCUUACAGCUUCCUAGCCCGCCGGCCAGGGGCCCCCCAAGGCCUACAGGAAGGUCCAGCUUGGACACAGUCUAUCCCUGCAGAGACCUCCAGGUGGUUGCAGUCUGAAGUGGAAAGCUGGCUUCUGGCCCAGUCAGGCUGUGAUGUGGCCUUCAAUGGACCUCGGGCCCUGGCCCAUCUUCAAGCCCUGACCCCCACCUUCGGGUUGUUCCCACCACCUGAGUUGCCACAACUGGACCAGCUGGUCCUAGGGACUCCAGAGGCCCCACAGGCUGCGCCAGGCAGUAGCUAUCCCUCACCCUGACCUCUUACUGCCAUGCCCUGCACUGGUGGGGUGCCAGGCUCUGCCUCCUCCACAGCAAGCUGUCAGUCGUGGCAACUGCAUCUCCUUCCUGGUUGUUGACAGGCCAUGAUUUCUGCUAGGCCAUUGGUUUUGCUAUGCUAUAGACUUAAGAGUAGCCAAUCAGGGCCACUGGCAGUUGCUAGGCAGCCUAUUGAGGUCAGCCUAUCAAAGCCUUUUAUUUCAGUUUGUUAUUUUAUUUCUCAGCCCCGCCCCUGACGGGAGCCUCCCCAGAACCGGUGGAGGGGUGGGGCUUGGGGUGGCUCGACACAGCUGCUGGAUUGCAGCUGCCAG